CUGGCAUGCUGCUUGUAAGAUGAGUGAAGAAGCAGGUGGGGGCAGAGAGAGGGCGAGGGAAGCUCUGGCAUUGAAAACCGCUCACUUUGACAGGAGCCAGCGAGAGAGACAGCCCUGAAUCGAUGUCAGGGACUGCCUACCUGCAAGGUGUGCAAAGAUGAUGACCAUGAACGCCAAGCAGCCUUUCACCAUGCACCCUGUCCUCCAGGAGCCUAAAUUCUCCAGCCUGCAUUCCAGUUCAGAGGCUAUGCGCCGAGUUUGCCUUCCCGCCCCGCAGCUGCAGGGCAAUAUAUUUGGAAGCUUUGAUGAGAGUCUACUGGCCCGCGCUGAAGCUCUGGCGGCUGUCGAUAUUGUCUCCCACGGCAAGAACCAUCCUUUCAAGCCCGACGCGACCUACCAUACCAUGAGCAGCGUGCCCUGCACUUCUACCUCGUCCACAGUGCCCAUCUCCCACCCGGCGGCCCUAACCUCGCACCCACACCAUUCAGUGCACCAAGGGCUGGAUGGAGACCUCUUGGAGCAUAUCUCACCCACGCUGACAGUGAGUGGCAUAGGGGCUCCCGAGCACACCGUAAUGCCGACGCAGAUCCACCCCCAUCAUCUGGGGGCUAUGGGCCACCUGCAUCAGGCCAUGGGCAUGGGCCAUCCCCACGCCGUCUCCACUCACAACGGGAUGCCCUGCCUGAGCGACGUGGAGUCGGAUCCCCGUGAGCUGGAAGCUUUUGCCGAGCGCUUCAAGCAGCGUCGCAUCAAACUGGGGGUGACCCAGGCGGACGUCGGGGCAGCACUGGCCAAUCUCAAGAUCCCUGGCGUUGGCUCACUCAGCCAGAGCACCAUAUGCAGGUUCGAGUCCCUUACCCUGUCCCACAACAACAUGAUAGCCCUCAAGCCUGUACUGCAGGCCUGGCUGGAAGAAGCGGAGGCUGCCUACCGGGAGAAGAACACCAAACCCGAGCUCUUCAAUGGCAGCGAGAGGAAGCGCAAACGCACCUCCAUCGCAGCGCCGGAGAAGCGCUCUCUGGAAGCUUAUUUCGCCAUCCAGCCUCGACCCUCCUCAGAGAAGAUCGCAGCCAUAGCGGAGAAAUUGGACCUCAAAAAGAACGUGGUGCGAGUCUGGUUCUGCAACCAGAGACAGAAACAGAAACGAAUGAAAUAUUCGGCUGUCCACUGACUGCAGGCAGAGCGGGGCCAAGGCCUGGGCCGGGACCCCAGGGCCUGGAGAGAGGGAGAGGACCGUCUGGGACUUUUAUAUUUGACUACACGCAUCACUCCGGGCAGGAAGUUCACUCAGUCCCCGCAGUUAGACUCAUUCCUCCCAAAGUCGUGGACUUUUCCCUCUUCGCUCCGAUUGGUCUCUUGUCUGUCUAGUCUUUUCUUGUUUUCUUUUCUCUUAUCCUCUUGUUUUCUUUCCUCUUCUUCUUUCACUUCUCCCUUAUCUUCCGUUCUGUCCUUUCCUCCCCCCCUCACCCCACUCUUAAAAAGUUGUCUUCCUGUAAAAAUGAAACAAGAGGCCAGGAAGAGGGAGCUGUCCUUCGUGCUGAACCGGACACUAGUUUGUGGACUAUGGGUCACUUCCGGGGGACCUGGGCAGCAAGGGACAUCUCAGUUUGGGGGGAGGGCUGGGGUACGGGGUUAAGGCUCCACAUAGCUGAUCGCAAUAAGAAAUCGACACUCAGUGCAAGGGUUGUGGGGGGCAGGGAAUAUAGGUAGAAGGGAAACAAAGGUCAUUCAACUGGGGGAAACUAGGGAAUUAACCUGUAUUGAGAUUUAUAUAAAUACAUAAUAUAUAUAAUAUAGCAGAUAUUUGUAUAUAUUUCGGAAAAAUAACCCCGUGUUUCCCUAAGCUUAAAUUCUACUUGACAGAACAUUUUGGUUUUGUAUUAUUUUUUCCUAAGGUAGCAUGGGUUGAAUUCAAGGAAUGUGAAAAAAGGAAAUCUAUCACAUUCCUUCUUGUCCUCCCAGGAAAGUUUGAUUGGAGACACCUUCUUGAUUCAUCUCUUAAGAAGGUGUGGAAAUCUUUUGAUCUCGGAGAGGUUUGCUCUAUAUAGCAGCUGCCUGAGGGUAGAUGUGGGUGAGAGAAGGCUAUACUGGGUUUGGGUGAAAGUCCAUGAAUUGUUCUGAACUCACCCUCCCAGAAUACUCUUGGACACUGGUUCCACAGAAGCUCUCUUUGGUUUCACAGCGAAUUUGGGCCAAGAAAGAAAAGCUGAAACAAUUUCUCAGAAUUGGAUGCAAGCCUUUCAAACAUAACUCCACUCCUUCUGCUUCUUUUAAAAACAACUCCAUCUCUCCUUUCCAUUUCCUCCAAGACUGGGUCUCUGUUGUGCCUAUACAUUAAGACACCCCUGAUUCCCUAAUAUGGCUUGGCUGGAUUACUCACCACCCCUCCCCUUCCCUUCACAUCUUAUCCCUUAGUUUUGUCAUGUAGUUUGUGUGUUGCUGUGUAAUCAUUAGUUUUUCCUAAUAGAUACUAAAAUAAAACGAUGAGGUUCUUGUUCCCCCUCUGCCCCUUGGAUUAACUUCUGAAAUAAAUGCUUUAUUUUUCAA